AUCAAAUCACAAGUCUUUUAACCCCAUAUAUGUCACGCCAAGCUAACAGUAAUUCAUCACUUCACAGUUCGUUCUCUCAAGUCUUAGACUCUUAGCUUCCUCAACUCCCCAUCCAUUCAUCCAAAUCCAAAUAUAUGCUAGAAUAAAAGAUUUACAAAUCAAAGAAUGGAUUUUGAUGAUAAUGAUGAUGAGCAAGAAGACGAAAUCGAGAUGCACCAUCAAAUGGAAGCUAUAGGGUCUUAUCAGUCGCAUGGACACCCCGGUAGAGGCGGGGAAGAAACCCAAGCGGCCGCACUCGCCGGCGGGAGAAAAAACGGCGCCGGCGCCGGGCCCAUGACCACAUACAGGCACAGAGAGUGCUUGAAGAACCAUGCAGUAGGGAUGGGCGGGCACGCGGUGGAUGGAUGCGGCGAGUUUAUGCCGGCGGGACCCGACGGGACCCUAGAAGCCCUGAAAUGCGCCGCCUGCGGCUGCCACCGGAACUUCCACCGGAAAGAGGAGGAAAUCUGCGACUACGCCAACACAUCGUACCGCACGCCGCCACUUCAUCACUGCCACCCGCCAGGUGGCGGUUACCUCCCACUGGCGCUGCCGUCGACCUGCCGGAACAAUGAGGUGUCGAACCCGAGCAGCAGCGCCGGCGGGGAAGGCGGGUCGAGAAAGCGGUUCAGGACGAAGUUCACCCGGGAGCAAAAGGACAAAAUGAUGGCCUUCGCCGAGCAACUGGAGUGGCAGAUUCAGAAAGACGACGAGGAAGCCGUCGAGCUUUUCUGCGCCAACACAAACAUCCGGCGACAGGUGUUUAAGGUUUGGAUGCACAAUAAUAAGCACACCCUUCGUAAAAGAUCCUCCUAGCCAGCCGGCUGCUAAUUAAUUUCCCAUUCAUAUAUAUUUGCUGAAAGUAAAAUUAAUGGACAAUUAUUAGGAUUGAGGUAAUUAGGACUGAUUAAUAUUAUAUGGUAGAGUUGUUUUUCCCAUGAGUGCAGGCUAUUUUUAAUUUGUUAGAGGUGUUUUGCUAAUUAAUUAUAGGGGAAAAUAAUUUAAUUAUCCUAAACUAUGAAAGGGUGUGAGAUAAAUACCUCAAACUAUCAUUGUAAUAUACUUCAUUUGGUUCUUAAUUAAGUUCCUAAUUUGACUUCACACAUAUUAAGAAAAUAAAUUUAAUGAGG